AUGUCGUGGAAGACAACUGAGAUGUUGAUGGAUACCAUCAAACAUUAUUCACACUUCCCAGCUACGGGUGUGAGUCUGAGGCAGAUGGUACAAUUUGGAGAGAGGCCAUCUACAGGUACACUUUUCCGAGCAUCACAAUUCCUCUCUGAAGAACUACCAAUACGACUUGCGCAUCGAGUGCAAGAACUAUCAGACUUACCAGAUGGCCUCAAUGAGAUGCCCUCCAUCAAGAGGGUGAAGGAUUGGUAUGCACAGUCAUUUGAGGAAAUUACCACACUCCCUCGACCACAAUUAUCAUCAGAUGUUAAGGAAAGACUUAUGAAGCCUGCGAAAAUAAAUGGAAAGCAAUCCAAAAUUCUUGCCGAAGCAACACAAAACCCGAGCGUAAUGAGGGGCCAGUACAGCUCUAAUGGAAAUGGAAAAGAAUCAAAGUCAGCCGCAGCAAGAAGAUAUUUUGCCACAGUAGAAGAUAGUACAGACUGGCCCCCAGAGCUUCAUGAUUAUAACCAGAGAUUUGCACAAACCCUUAACCACAUCAAGAGGCGGCACGACGGAGUUGUCACAACCGUUGCGCAAGGAAUACUCGAAUAUAAGCGGAAACGGCAACGCAUGCAGAUCGACAAUAACAUACAAUCCUUCCUUGACCGUUUCUACAUGUCCCGUAUUGGCAUAAGAAUGCUGAUUGGACAACACAUAGCACUCACAGAUCAAAGUCACGAUAAAGAUCCUAAUUAUGUAGGAAUUAUAUGCACGAAAACCAAUGUUCGAGAUCUUGCGGAAGAAGCAAUCGAGAACGCUAGAUUUGUCUGCGAAGACCAUUAUGGACUUUUUGAUGCGCCAAAGAUUCAACUCGUGUGCCCUCCAAAUCUCCAUUUUAUGUAUGUACCGGGCCAUCUUUCGCAUAUGCUCUUCGAAACUCUCAAAAAUUCCCUUCGAGCUGUUGUCGAAACACAUGGACAGGACAAACAAGAUUUUCCCGUCACAAAAGUCGUCGUUGCGGAGGGAAAAGAGGAUAUUACCAUCAAAAUCUCGGACGAGGGUGGCGGAAUACCUAGAAGUUCUAUACCUUUAGUUUGGACCUAUAUGUAUACCACCGUGGACAGUACACCCAGCCUAGAUCCAGACUUUGAUAAGAGUGAUUUCAAAGCUCCAAUGGCAGGAUUUGGUUACGGUCUCCCAAUUUCAAGAUUAUAUGCUAGAUAUUUUGGAGGAGAUUUGAAGUUGAUUAGUAUGGAGGGCUACGGAACAGAUGUAUACCUUCACCUAAACCGACUUUCCUCGAGUUCGGAGCCUCUCCAAUAA